GUAUUUAUUCGAUACAGUUCGACACCAGUAAUAAUGGCAUCGGGCCGUGAACUGUGCUAUUGUAUGUUAGGCGGGAUUUUAUUGUGCUAUUUAGUAACUUUUUUGCUUGUCUCAAAGCCAAAUGUCGCAAUAUGUGCUGCAUCACGGGUGCUCAUCGGCUUAUCAAUGUCUGCCAUUUACGCCGCCAUUUUAACGAAAACAAACCGCUUGGCCAGAGUUUUUUCAAUUCAGAGUGCUGCACGACCAGGGUGCAUCGUACCAAGUGCCCAGGUGGCGAUCUGUAUUGGUAUUGUAUCCCUGCAAGUGAUUGGUUCGCUGGUUUGGUUGAUUGUUGAUCAGCCAGGCACAGCCGUUCUAUUUCCGUCACGAACAGAAGCGAUACUAACGUGUAAAGCUACAGCGUCUCAUUUGCUGAUCUCAUUGUUGUACAAUAUGCUUCUAAUUAUCGCUUGUACACUAUACGCAUUCAAAACCCGGAAGAUUCCAGAAAAUUUCAAUGAAACACGGUUGAUUGGUUUUACAAUGUACAGUACAAGUAUUCUAUGGCUUUCGUUUGGUAAGUUCGUCAUCCUUUUUUGUAUAAAAGUAGAUCCAAGCAGUCUUCCACUUAAACUGGUAAAAAAUUGCAAAAUAUUUGGUUUCCUCCAAAAAGAGUAG